GGAUUCGGGUCAAUUGAAUUGGUUCAACUUCAAGAGUCGCUCACAGACUGUUGGCCCGGUGGUUCCAAAUUUUCUCCCCCCAUGGGCCGAGUCCCAGCCGGACAACUGCCCAUUGCGCUCAACCUUCCGCAGGGUUUAAACCUCAUAUAGGGUUUAAGCAUCGAACCGACCAGUGUUUCCAUUUUCCAGUACUCGCCCUCUGCAGUCGCUCCCUGCACCUCCAUCACUCCUCUGACAUUGAAGAUGGCCACCAAGCUCUUCGUUUCAAAAACUUCAGCCAAGACCCUUCACCAACUCGUUCAACUUCAACCCCGGCUCCAAAACUCCCCACUGUCUGCUCGUUCUUUGCUCUCUCAGUCGCUCGGACACCUCCAUACGUUCCUUUCCCGGGAAUUUGAGUCCUCCAAUUUUAGGAAACUUAAUUCCAGGGGCAUGGCUUCUGAGCCUACCUACAAUCUAGAAGAUGCUGCGGCCGCUCUCAACCUUGAUAAUCGUGUGCCGGCCACCGUAGUCACUGGUUUCCUGGGUUCUGGGAAGACCACCCUUCUCAAUCAUAUUCUUUCUGCUCAACAUGGGAAGCGAAUUGCUGUCAUAGAAAAUGAGUUUGGUGAGGUGGAUAUUGAUGGUUCAUUGGUUGCUGAUCAUUCUUCUGUCAGUGGGGAAAUUGUAAUGGUCAAUAAUGGUUGCCUGUGUUGUACUGUGAGGGGAGAUCUGGUCAAAAUGCUGUUGGAGUUGGUUAAGAAAAAGCGAGACAAAUUCGAUCAUAUAGUAAUAGAAACCACAGGCCUUGCUAAACCUGCUCCUGUUAUUGAAACAUUUUGUAGUGAUGAACUAGUUUCACGUUAUGUAAAACUUGAUGGAGUUGUUACGUUGGUUGACUCUAAGCAUGCCAUGCAACAUUUGAAUGAAGUGAAACCUAGAUUUAUUGUGAAUGAGGCUGUAGAACAAGUUGCUUAUGCAGACCGUAUUAUUAUAAACAAGAUAGAUUUGGUGACUCAGGCUGAAUUGGAAAGAUUGACUAAGAGAAUUAAGCAUAUCAAUGUGAUGGCGCCGAUACGGAUGGCUAAGUUUGGAUCCGUGGACAUGGAUUUUGUUUUGGGGGUGGGAGGUUACGAUCUUGAAAGACUUGAUUCUGAAGCUCUGGUGGAUAGUUUCCAAUGUGCUAGCCAUCCACAUCAAUCUGAGCAUGAGCACCAUGAGGGACAUCAUCAUAACCAGGGGCAUGAUUCUGCUGUGUCAAGUGUUAGCAUUGUAUCUGAGGGAACCCUGGACCUUGAUGAGGUGGAUGAUUGGCUAGAAAGACUGGUUGAAGAGAAGGGCGAUGACUUGUAUAGGAUGAAGGGGGUCCUCUCUGUGAGUGGUUCAGAUGAACGCUAUAUUUUUCAGGGGGUCCAUUCAACUUUAGAUGGUUGCCCGGGCAAAACAUGGGGACCUGAUGAAAGAAGGCUGAACAAGCUCGUCUUCAUAGGAAGGAACUUGGAUAGAACUGCACUGCAAAAAGGUUUCAACGGUUGUCUAGCAUGAUAAAAGAGUUGGUUCAAACCAAAGUUGUACAGGACUGCGUGCAACUCGAAGGGUUCAAUCAUCACCAAUUUUUAUACCACAUGCUUAUCAGUUCGGUUGUAAAAGUUCUAAAGGGGCUUUCGGACUUGUUGGCCAGGUUGUAUUGGUUUCCAUUUUACACAGAGAGAGAGAGAGAGAAGAUCCACCUAUAUUGGUUGUGGCUAAUAUACUUAGGAACAAUUGCUGAAAAAUUCCCCUCCCCCCUUCCCUCUGAUUUUCUUGGUAACAAAUUGGACCGAGUUAUUUGAAAUUUGAAAAACCAUCAAAACCCAAGUUAUAAAUGUCAUGUUUUUUUUCCACUA